AUGUCGAAAAUGAUCUACCCCUUUAUUGCAUCGAAUCCAUAUACUGCGGAUAAACGUACAUUAUUAAAUAUUUUACGUAAAAAAAUUCUUACAUCAUCAAAUUCUGAUAAUCAAUUACAUCAACAACGUUCAUCAACUACACCACGUUAUUUACCAUCACAAUAUUUAGUUGGUAAUAGUUUAACUGAUGAAUUAGCUGUAUUUGAUUUUACAUCUGUUGCUGCUAGUCAACAACAAAAUGAUUUAAAUAAAAAUCAAUUAAAUUCAUUAUCAGAAAAUUCUUUUGAAAUAUCUUUAAAUAACAAAAAAUGA